ACAUGUCCUGCUACACCCCGUGCCGGCCCUGCCAGCCCUGCGGCCCGACCCCGCUGGCCAACAGCUGCAAUGAGCCCUGUGUCAGGCAGUGCCAGGACUCCACCGUGGUCAUCCAGCCCUCCCCCGUGGUGGUGACCCUGCCUGGGCCCAUCCUCAGCUCCUUCCCACAGAACACCGCCGUGGGAUCCUCCACCUCCGCUGCCGUUGGCAGCAUCCUCAGCUCUCAGGGAGUGCCCAUCAACUCCGGGGGCUUUGGCCUCUCUGGCCUGGGCAGUGGCCUCUGUGGCAGGAGCUGCUUCCCCUGCUAAAGCUGCUGCCCAUGGCCCUGGCAAGGAACCCAGGGACACACAGGAUGGAACCGCCCUGGGGACGCAGCAUCGGCUUCUGCUUCCAGAGGGGCUGAGCGAGCCCAGCAUCCCUUGCAGAAGGACGGGACCAGCCUGGACUCUGGGCAAGCACGGCCCAGCCCUGCCUCUGCCCUCUGCCACUCUCUCCCUUCCCUCCUGUGUCCUUGUUCCCUUGUGCUCCCGUGGGCUCUCAGCCCCACAGAACCAGCCUGGGGAGGACCUGCUGGCUCUACCUCCUUUGUGGAUCAGGCAGAUGGACUCCUGGUGGGAUGUCUGCCAGAUGCAAAGGAGAGAGAUUCUCUACCCCUGGUGCUCCCUGAACUGAGGUCUCCACUCAGAGCAAUCUUUUUUCCCUCUUUUAACUCAAUAAACUUCUGCUG